UGGCUGCCGAGUAUCGCCCUGUCAACGGGACUUUAACAAAAAGCCGUCUGGACCAAUUAAAGCAGCCCUUUCUUUUCGUGCUGGCAGUUUGAAACUGUCGGGGCUUCUUUUGCUGUGGGAGUGAGGCGUGACGGAUAGUCAGGAUUAAAAAGCAAAUAACCAAACAAUGUAAGAAAGUAACGAAACAGCGAAUAAAUAUCAGUAAUAACCAAACAGCAAUAAAAACACAGUUGUGCGUCAGAAGAAAGAAAAAAUCCAAAAGAAACAAUAACAGAAUCAUCAAUUGAGUUUUGAGCUUGUAUCUAUAGGAGUCCUUCCCUUUAUUUUUAUACAUCUGGAACAAGCGCAGUAUGAACUACAGAGGAAUUUCUUAAUGCGGAAUGUCAUCUUCUGAAGAGAAAAACGCAAGUCCUUUUUUACCCAAAGACUCUGAUCAGGACAGUUCUGUCUCUUCAGAACUACAGGAUGAAUAUGAAGAACUGCUUCGCUAUGCUGUAGUUACUCCAAAGUUCGAGCCAAGUGUAUUACGACAGUCAGUUCACACAGAGGUUCAUCAGAAAUCUGCAGGAAAAGGUCCAGUAAUGGAUGGGCGUAGACUUGAAACCGCAGGUCCAAGUUGGAGAAAACAUGGUAGAGCUCCUGAUUUUGCACCAUCUACUCGGACAACAAGGAUAGAAGUUUCAACAGCAAUAAAGGAGCCAUCACGCACAGAUAUGGAAGGACUUUGCCCUGUUGAUUCAGAAGAAAGUUCUUCUCAAGAGUCCUCAUGUUUUCAGAGGGAUCUUCAGGAGUCAAAUGUGACUGAUCUAAGCCUUUCAGAUGAAAGAGUGACCCAAAUAGAGAGCAUACUUGAUCUCUGGAGUGGAAGCCUUAAGACCAAUGUUCUUACUGAACUGAGAAAAUGGAAGCUUCAUUUUAUUGAACAUCACACACUUGAAAUGAGACAAGAAAAAGAAAAACAUGCAGCUCAUGUGAAACAAUUGAUGAAUCAGAUGGAGAACUUGAAGGAGCUACUACAUACAUACGAGAUUUCAAUAGGGAGGAAGGAUGAAAUAAUUGCCAAUUUGACACAUGCAGUUGAGAAACAGAAGGACAGGAUAGAGCUCAUGAAGAAAUUUGCAAAGUGGCGUCUUCAGCAUUCUAUAGGCAGACAAGAAGCUAAACAGGAGGUAUAUACAAAUAGGUUGGCUGAUCGCUUGUAUGAAAUGGGCUUGUUGAAGAAAGCAUGGAUGAUCUGGCGCUCUCAAAUUCAUACAAAAUGGAAAGAAACUAUGGAAAGGGCCUGUCAAUCAAGUGCAGAAUCUGUUCGUGUUGAACUGUCUAAUGACUAUGAAACUAAACUUCAAGAGUCGAAUACUGCGCUGGAACAGGCAAGAGCUGAGAUCAUAGAUUUGCAGAACAAAAGGCAAGAUUAUGAAGAUGCUAUGAAGAAGGCUUUCAUGCGUGGUGUCUGUGCACUGAAUCUGGAAGCAAUGACAGUAUUUCAAGGCAAAGAAUUCAAAUUUGACCAUGUUGAACUGUCAGAUAAGAGAGGAGAACCCAGUGCUGGCAAUGGUGGUUCUACACCAAAGCUUCCUCCAUCUCACUUUGAUCCACCUUUACCACCAAACACCCCACCGCCACCACCUCGACCACCUCCUCCACCUCCAACAGCAGCUCCGGGUAUUGCUCUCACAGAAGAUUUGUUCCCUUCUCACCAGAGCCAUGCAGUGACCUCUCAAACCAGACUAGACUCCGGUGCUGCAUUAAUAGCUCCAAGUUCUGCUGCCGCAUCAGGCAUUCCUUCCAUUACAAAAGCGCCCCUGACUCGGGUUGUAACGGCACAUCAGAAGGCUGGAAGGACGAUCACAGCUAGAAUCACUGGCCGAUCUGAUUUUGCAUCAAAGAAUCGAAUCUUCAGUAGCUUAGAUGUGAUUGGGGUGUCUCCUCCCAUGAAUUCUGUUAUUGUGGAAAAACAUCAUCCAGUCACUCAACAAACUAUUUCUCAAGCUACUGCUGCUAAAUAUCCUCGAACUGUGUUUUCUAAUGGUAUCAGCCCGAGACCUUCAGGACACAGCAGGAAGACUCACGCCCAAACCCAUAGUAACAUCCACUCAAUAAAAGUUGUUGAAUAGCUAUGAAGGCUAAAAUGCUCAUAUUUCAGCUUAACCACAUGGGAAGAAUUUUCCAGGUUAUAGUUCAAAAUCUUUCUCCAAUGUUUGCCAAUUGAUAAAUCAAGUCCUCAAGGAUGCAUCAUGUUUUUUUUUCCUUUCAGCAAUAACAUUGGAGAUGUAAAAAAAUUUCAAGACAUACAAAGUAAGCCACUCAAGUUGGUGCAAUGUAGUUCUGUAUAACUUCAAAUAAGGUAUACUUGAAAUUCUUAUUUUCCUAACAUAUUUUAUUAAAUAUGAUUAUUUAAUUUAAUGUUUUUAAUAAAAAAGAAUGAACUAAA